GCGUCCCAGAUUUCAGACAUUGUGACCGAAAGCCUCGCAGUACCGGCCGGCGGGGAGGUGCCUCCGGAGCCGCAGCCGGCACGGCCAGAUGGCCCGGAUCCCGAGGAGCCGGAGGUCAAUCCUCCACCUGAUGAUCCGAUCCCACAGCCUCCCGAUGACCCGCCUCUGCCGCAGCUGCCGCGGGAGCACCUGAAGGUCUCCGACGUUCACCACGUGACGUUGACCUUGGAGAACCUCCUGGACUACGCGAAGUGGUCCAUCCCAGGAGCUCGAGCAUUUAAGCGGGUGCUAUCUUACUCCUGGUGUUUCAUCCUGCUCCUUACUCGCUUCGCAGUGAUCAUCUACGCCAUGUUGAUGCGCAGAGACCUCGCUGGCCUCCCUCUGGUCUACAUGCUCAUCACCCUCGGGUAUGUCAUCCUGGAAGCUACUCUGCAGCCAUAUGUGUGGACCUACCUCAACGACUGGGAAGUCACCGUACAUGUGCUCAUCUACGUGUUCUUGCUCUUCGUCAUCAGUGGAUGGUCGGACACAGCGUCGGAAGUGCUCGUCGUGGUGGCGACUCUUGCUGCAAUCAUCCCCGUGAUCCUCCGAUUCCUGAUCCUCUUCCUCGGGGAGGAGGAUACGGAAGAUCCCACGGAUAUGAGCGUGGCCCGCGGAGUUGCUUCCUAUCACCUUCAUCAGCUCACCGACGGAGGGGGCACCGUGUCGCUUGGCGUGUCCUCCACCUCGUCGUCAUCGACGACGAGGUCCCAGCGACAGUCGGGAGGAGGGAUGGAGCAUGUGCGAAAGUACAUCGAGUUAGUUAAAAAGCGACAUAUCACUGUGGUAGAGAAGACGCUCGACGACAAGGGUCAGGAGGUGGAGCGCACUACACACACGGAGGAAGUGGAAACAGAGGGUGUGACGUACUCCUUCGACAUGACCAAGUCUGAG